CGCUGUCAUCAGUUAUUUUAAAAUUUUUGUGCAAGUGGCGUAAAUGGGUCGGAGGGAAUGAGACCAUGAAUGCUACUGCCGCCGCAGGGGCAGGAGUGCUGUUCGUAUUGUUGCUCCUCCUCAUCAGAUGGAAAUGGAAGUCGCCCAAGGAGGUGGAGUGCCCGCCGUGCACGCCGGUCCAGCUGGUGCACCGGCUGUGUCCUCACAACAACGUCGUGCAGAGCUACGAGGUGGAGCAGAAGGACAGCCUGGACGAACACCUGGACGUGCUCACUAGGAAACUGGCUGAGAAGGAAGGCCGUCUCCGCCUCUCCAAGUCCAAAAUCCGCGAGACCCAGCACGAGAUCGACAACCUCCACGCCAUAGACCACGACGUGCGGACCCAGUACCGGGACAUCAUGGAGUCUCUUCACAAGGACCUACUGGGCAACGAGAAGGAGUGCAAGAAACUACAGGAGCAAAUUGAGUGGGUUUCGCGUCGCCGCGCGGAGUUGAGAGACGAGGUUCGUCGGGGUCAGAGACUGUAUGGGGAGGCGGCGGCGGAAUUGGCCAGCAAUCUGGCCGAGCUCCAGCGGGGUCGGUCCACCGAGCAUAAGGUGACCGAGAAGCCUCAAAGGCAACACUCGCUCACGUCCCUAAGGCACCGAAAGGAACCUCAGCUCCCCAGGGCCUCGCCCGUCGGCUCCAUAGUCAUCAAAUCGCCGCCUUCCUCUCCGCCCGAAGUGGUCGCGUCCCAAAUGAACCCGCCGAUGCAGAAAUAACCUCC